CUUGCUGCGCGAUGACGUCGCAAAUUGGUUCUUCUAUCCCACUGCAUCCACUAGCUAAGCUACCCAAACAACAACGGUGCAGCCCUGAAUAUCACUAGCAAUCCUCCCAGCACAACCGGACACACAUAAAACAAUGGGCAACUGCCAACCCACCAUCUUGCCGUAUGAAGAGUUUGAUGUUAUGGCUGAUAUAAAGGCCAUACGCAAAGCCUGCAAAGGCUUGGGUACUGAUGAACAAGCCAUAAUUGAUAUACUGGCUAACCGAUCUGCAGCCCAGCGGAUGGAAAUUAAACAAGCCUAUUUUGAUAAGUAUGAUGAUAAGGAGUUGGUGGAAGUGCUGAAGAGCGAGCUGGGGGGGAACUUUGAGAAGGCUGUCCUGGCCAUGCUAGACCCUCCAGUCGUCUAUGCAGUGAAGGAGCUCAGGAGGGCAAUGAAGGGAGCAGGCACUGAUGAGGAUACCCUUGUGGAGAUUCUAUGCACAGCCACAAAUAAUCAUAUUCACAUGUUCAAAGAAUGCUACUUUCAGGUGCAUGAACGGGACCUGGAUGAAGAUGUUGAAGGGGACACUAGUGGAGAUGUGAGAAAGCUGCUCACUCUUCUUUUACAGGGCACCAGAGAUGAGAGUUAUGAAGUGGAUGAGGGUCUGGCUGAAGCUGAUGCCACUGCCCUGUUUGAGGCCGGUGAAGGAUGUUUUGGAACAGAUGAAUCCACUUUCAGCUUUAUCCUGGCUAACAGAAACUACCUUCAGCUACAGGCCACCUUCAAGGUGUAUGAGCAGCUCUCUGGAACAGAAAUCCUGGAUGCCAUUGAGAAUGAGGUUUCUGGGACUUUGAAGGACUGCUACAUCACACUUGUAAGAGUUGCUAAGAACCCACAGCUGUAUUUUGCUCGGCAACUGAACAAGGCCAUGAAAGGAGCAGGCACUGAUGAGGACACUCUCAUCCGCAUCCUCGUUUGCCGCUCUGAGUAUGAUUUGGAGACCAUUAAAGACAUGUACCUGGAAAAGUAUGAUGUGUCCCUAAAGGAUGCCAUCAAAUCUGAAUGUGGUGGGGAUUUUAAACGUCUCCUGCUGGCUAUUUGCCAUUGAGGGAGAAAGAAAGAGAUGGAGGGAGAAGACAGCAGAAUGCCUCAAAGGGAAAGUGCUGCUUCUUUCUAUUUGAGAAACUAACAAUACUUAUUGUACAAUCAUUCCUACUGAUUUAAACAUGAAAGUAUAUGGAUGGGGAAGGGAGUGAAAUUGGAGAGCUCACAAAUGAAUUUGAUUCUGCACUCCUUAUUUGACUUAUGAAUCCAUAGGAUGUAUAAAAACAUGCACCAACAAGGUUCCUGCUUUUUCUGAUCUAGUUAUCUAAAGGCAGUUAGAUUGUUACAUGAUAGUGAAGUGAUUGGUUUUCUUUGAAAGGAUUGCUAUGACUAGAGACUUAAAUACUUAAAUCAUAAAAUAACUGUAAAAAAUGUAGAUAGGAAAAUAUGAUUAUAAGGUGAAUAUGAGGCAAGAAUGCACGAUGUCACCUAUUUCUGUCCAUUUCCACAUUUGUAUUUUUUGACAGCUAAGAAGUUCCAUCCCCCAUUUUUAUGUGAGCAUAAUUUCUGGGAAAUUUGUCUCACGUGUUUCUAAUUGAUCAGGUGUUUCCGGACGCAUUGAUUGUUCAUACAAAGUGCUGUGAAUGUGUAGUGUCAAUACUUUUCUUUGUUUUUGCCUUUGGAGUCUGUAUUUGUUUUCAGAAAGCGUAUUUCAACAUGAAGAUUUGGGAUCUUUCUAUUAAGGAUGAGAAAGUGAUUUCUUAUUGCUUUCUUUCUUAAAAAUAACUAAAUUAGAACCAUAGCACAAAAGUUGGAUAUUGCCAAAUGAACAGUUUGGAAUGCCCUGAAAAAUAAAAAAAACAAUUGAGUCUUCAGCAGUCCGCAAUGACCAGGUUGGCCGAGUAAAACCACAGCAGUAGUUGAUAACAGAAAAAUUAGCAUAACUGUGAAAAACAACCCUAAAAUAAGUGUCAGUGAAAUCAACAACCUGCAGCAGAAUUACAAAGGCUGCACUGCAAGAUGCAAACCUCACAUCAGUACCAAAAAGAAAGAGGCCAGAUUUGAAUUUGUUAGGAAUAUAGAGAUUUGCCAGUGCCGUUUUCAAUUGAGUUAUAUGGGCAGAGACGAUGAACUUGUAUAAAAAGUGAUAAGAAGGCAAACGUGUGGAGGAAAGAAUGAACAGAAGAUGAUCCAAACCAUACCACUUCAUCUAUGAAGCAUGGUAGAUGUAAUGUCAUAGCAUGGGCAUGGCUGCCUUUGGAAUGGACUCAUUGAUGAUAACAAAUGAGUGCAGCAGCAGAAUGAAUUCAGAAAUGUAAGAAUCUUGGCUACCAAUAUACUAAAAAAUGCAACCAGACUCAUUGGGUGGCACAUCACAAAGCAAUGGAACAAUGACCCAAAACGCACUGCCCAAGCAACGGAGGAUAUCAUUUUUGACUGGCAAAGUCAAUUUACUGAUUGAAAUCUGAUUUAAUAUGCAUUUCACUUGUAUUAGAGGAGACUGAAGUCAGAAUCACCGCAAUAGAAAAAACAGCUCAAAAUGGCUUGGCAAAGUAUCUUAAAAGGAUAAUGCCAUGAAUUGGGUUGUAUCAAUGGAUCGCAGACUCACUGCUGUUAUUCCAUGCUAUGGAUUUGCAAGCAUAUACUACCUUUCAUAGUUCUUACAUUGGGUUUAAGUUAAAUUGCCACAAUACUUAUGCUUGCAUGAAGUGGGGCGGAUGGAGCACUGUUAUCCUUAGUUGAUAAAACUUAUGUUAUGGAACAGCCAGAAAUGAAAAGUGAAAGUCUGUACUCUUGCCUCAUUUAUCUUUUUUAUUAUUUUCAUAUUUCUUGAGUGUACAGCACUACAUAAGUAUUUUGGACUUUACUGUCCCAAUACUUAUGUAGGGCACUGUAUAUGACAUGAGUCACUGCUAUUGGAAUAACAUGGGUUUUAAAUAAGAAUAACAGUUACAAAAAAUGUUAUGCUCUACUACCCCAAAUAUAAGUACAGAAUAUUUCUACUGUCUGAAAGUUUGUCAAAUGUAUUUUUAAAUAAAAAGCAUCUAUGCAUCCACUUAAUACAUGCAUUCUCUCACAAGCAAGAAAAACUGCUUUGACCGUCUUUCACCUAUUACAUUUUUUAUAAUCUAAGACUAACACAAUCAAACAUUUACUUAAUUUAGACAGCAGUAUUUUAAAUCAUGUAAGACAUGUUAAUAUUAACACAAGAUGUCAGAAGGUAUUUUAGACACAAACGUUAGUGAUGUUAUCUAAGAAUCUUUACUCACCCUAAACAUGAUCUGAAAUUAUGACUAAUUAUCAGUUCUGUACAAUGGCAGCUGUAUUUGAAACCUAUUCCUAUAUUAGGAAUUAGCCUAUAUAAGUAAGCCAAGUAAUAUCAGCUGAUUAACUAGAGAUAUUUGAAACAAUUUAUAAAGCCUGUUAAGCCUCUGGGUAUAUCGUGAAAGAGAAGAAAUAAACAGGACUAUUCACACCUGCCUUUAUGGAAAGAUAUGGAAUAGGGACCAGCAUUUGCCUGUGUAUCAGUGAAAUAAUAUUAACAAAAAAGGACAUGCACAUUAAAACCUCUUAAAAAAUUGUCCUAGAUGUUUCUGUUUUUGUGUGUUUUUUUUUUCAUCAUGUUAAUCCAAUUUAAUGUACCUAAGUCAUAUUAUUGGCCAAUGAAGGCCAACAUACAUGUACUGUAUUAAAAUAGGUUUUGAAUGGAA